CGAUGAAUUCCACCUGUGGUGCUUUAACUUGUGCAAGAGACGCUGCCCCUGGGAGGCGCGGGAAAGAAAGGGUUAACUGGAAAGUGGGGCGCUAGUUGAAAUCUGGGUGCCAGUGCCCCCUUGCCCACCACUGGGUGGUGAGAAACGAGGGAGGGUGAACUUCCCUCAGAGAUUUUUGUGGGGAAAUAUGCUUUGCGUCAAUAAAACUGACUGUGCAGCUGCACAGUCAAGAAGAGAAGCUGGGAAGACCAAGGAAGUAUCUCGGAGAUGGCUUUUGAAUUGCGGAAAUAUUUGUCUGAGGAAAAAGGCUUUAAUUUAAUACUCAGAACUAUGGCCGUCUCAUCUUCCUGGGAACUGCCCCUGGUGGCUGUGUGCCAGGUAACAUCGACCCCAGACAAGGAGCAGAACUUUAAAACAUGUGCUGAGCUGAUUCGGGAGGCUGCCAGGCUGGGCGCUUGCCUGGCUUUCCUGCCUGAGGCAUUUGACUUCAUUGCACGGGACCCUGAAGAGACACAACGCCUGUCUGAGCCACUGGGUGGGAACCUUUUGGAAGAAUAUACCCAGCUUGCCAGGGAAUGUGGACUCUGGCUGUCCUUGGGUGGUUUCCAUGAGCGUGGCCAGGACUGGGAGCAGACUCAGAAAAUCUACAACUGUCAUGUGAUUCUGAACAACAAGGGGUCAGUAGUGGCCACCUACAGGAAGACGCAUCUGUGUGAUGUAGAGAUUCCAGGACAGGGGCCUAUGCGUGAAAGCAACUCUACCAUACCUGGGCCCAGUCUUGAGUCUCCUAUCAGCACACCAGCAGGCAAGAUUGGUCUAGCUAUCUGCUACGACAUGCGGUUCCCUGAACUCUCUCUGGCAUUGGUUCAGGCAGGAGCAGAAAUACUUACCUACCCUUCGGCUUUUGGAUCUGUUACAGGCCCAGCCCACUGGGAGGUGUUGUUGCGGGCCCGUGCCAUUGAAACACAGUGCUACGUAGUGGCGGCAGCACAGUGUGGACGCCACCAUGAGAAGAGAGCAAGUUAUGGACAUAGCAUGGUGGUAGAUCCCUGGGGAACAGUGGUGGCCCGCUGCUCCGAAGGACCAGGCCUUUGCCUUGCCCGAAUUGACCUCAACUAUCUGCAGCAGUUACGCAAACAACUGCCCGUGUUCCAGCACCGCAGGCCUGACCUCUACGGCAAUCUGGGUCACCCACUGUCUUAAGACUUUUGACUUCUGUCCACUGAGACCUCCAUCGUGAGCUGGUGGUGUUGUGACUUGUAGGCAGGACCCAGGCGCAGCUCCCCUCACUUGGAGAACCUUGUCUCUUAAUGGAACACAGGCUCAGCUUCUUGGAAAAGAAGAAACUUGCACCUGAGCUCAGAUUUCAGUUUCAGAAAGGUGGAAUUUAAUAUAGUCACUGUUUAUUUCAUGAAAACUGAAGUUAUGCUGAGGGCUGAGCAGCACUGGCAUUGAAAAAUAUAUAUAUAAUCAUCAUAAAGUCUGUGUCUGAAUAUCUCUUUUGGGAACUGAAAGGGGAGGUGGUAUUGUACCAGCUGGACUAGGCUCCAGUUCUAGGCCUCCUGGCUUAUUCAACAUGCCUCCCUACCUAAAGAAAAGUGCAACACUCA